AUGGCGACCAUACCAGAGUCAGACAAUGUCGUCCGUGUCAAGCUGGUUGACACGACCACCGCCAUGGUCGGUGACAACGCAGCCUUUGUAAAGCCCGUGGUGGCGGGGCAUGAGGUCAUCAACUUUUGCUCGCUGGCGUUUUUGCUGGAGAACGAGCGGCUAGGAAAGAAGGCCAUGUUCGACCUCGGAGUCCGCAAGGAUUAUUGGAAUCUGCCCAAGGCUAUUCUGCAGCUUAUUGGAAAGGACUGUGUGAUCUUUGGGAUGAGAGUCGAUAAUGGAAUCGACGAAGUCCUCAAGGCCGGAGGAGUUGAGUUGAACACCAUCGACUACUGCAUCUGGUCUCAUGCGCAUUUCGACCACCGCGGAGAUGUUUCUCUCUUUCCAAAGUCAACCUCCUUGGUCGUCGGUCCUGGAUACCUCUCUGACAAGGAAAGGCACGGUGGAGUAGGCGACCCAGCAGCUGCGGCAGAGUUCGAGGGUAGACCACUGAAGGAAGCCGACUUUGAUGGCGGCCUCAAGAUUGGGAAGUUCCGGGCCCAGGAUUUCUUUGGCGACGGCUCGUUCUAUCUGCUCGACGCACCUGGGCACCAGCCCGAGCACAUCUGCGCGCUGGCGCGGACGACUCCCUCAUCGGCACCGGGCGGCGCCACCUUUGUCUUCCUGGGCGGCGAUAUCUGUCACUUUGCUGGUGUAUUCCGACCGACGCCGACCACGCCGCUGCCAGAAGAGAUCCCGGCGAGCGCCAUCUCGAACCGCAACGACUGGGCUUCGAGAUCGGUCUGCCCGUGCUCCUUCUUCACGCCGCAUCACCCCCGUGCAAAGGAUGAUGAUUCUGCUCGUACGUCCUCGUGGUACAAUCUUCCCAGUACAGGACACGUGUACACGGAUCUCGAGAAGGCUGCGAACUCGGUGUCGAAGAUGAGCGAGCUUGAUACGAGGGACGACGUCAUGGUCUGCCUCGGCCACGACGCUAGUUUGCUAGAUGUUCUGCCUGUGUUCAACAAGAAUCCUGAAAAGGACAUUAAUGACUGGAAGAAAGAGGGUUGGAAGGCGACCACGUACUGGAGUUGGUUGAAUGAGGUGGCUGUUGAUGGGAAGAAGCCUCGAGAGCCAGUUGUGGAUGGGUUCUGGAAGGAUGGGAAGCCAUGGGACUUUGAGGGCCAUAAGGCUGGUCUCUAA